AUCAGGGGCUCAAUACCGCUGUUUUGGUCGCAGAAACCGAAUCUUCGGUGGCAGCCUGAACCUGUUCUAAAUCCCACUGAUGAUCAAACGGAAGCUUAUAAGCGACAUAUGAUCAUGCAGCAGCAUGUUUAUGGAGGAAAACUUGUGAUUGUUAAUUUGGUAAAUCAAAGGGGACGGGAAAAACGUGUUGGUGGCGAGCUGGAUCGAGUCGUUCUUCGAGCCCAUUUGGAUUUUGUGAGGCUUAAUGCUUUCGAUUUUCACAAAGAGUGCCAAGCACUGAAUUGGGGCCGACUUGGCAUUCUGAAGGAGCAACUUCGCGGUGAAAUCACAGAAUUCGGGUGUUUUAGGCUUAAUGCUUUCGAUUUUCACAAAGAAUGCCAAGCACUGAAUUGGGGCCGACUUGGCAUCCUGAAGGAGCAACUUCGCGGUGAAAUCACAGAAUUCGGGUGUGUUUGUGCUUUCAGCUAA